CUCUGCGCUCUUCUGAUGUCAGCUACCCUAUCCUUUGCCACAGCUAACUUGCUCCAAGAUUCUGAAGCAGAAGCUCGUGGUAAGUGGAAGAAGAGGAAGCGAGAUAUCAAUAUCGGAACCAACAGCAAGAGACAGAGAGCUGAAGAAGACGAUGAAGAAGAGGAAGAGGACGACGAGGCCGACAUCGAUGAAGAAGAAGAAACCCCCACCAUUGCCGCCGCAUCGGCACCUACAGAUCCCGUCAUCGACUCACGAGAAAGUGAGGUCCUCUCGGACGGUGGGGGUGCUCGGAUUUGUGACUUCCCUCCUGUAAUUAAGCGCAUUGUGAAUCAACCACACUCUUCUGUCCUGUCGGUUGUUUCUGCAGAACGCGCUGCUCAAUUCCCGGAACAGCGGUCUCUGCAAAACCAAAACCCUUUCUUCUUUGAGAACAUAUCUCAUGGGCAGCUUCAGGCAUUAUCGGCCGUUCCAGCUGAUAGUCCCUCUUUAGCCCCUUCGGAUCAUGACAGAGACAGGCCUGAUACGCCUCCACCUGCCUAUGUAUGUACUCCCCCGGCAAUCAUGGAAGGUCGGGGCGUCGUUAAGCGAUUCGGGAACAAUCGGGUACUCGUGGUUCCGAUGCACGCAGAUUGGUUUUCGCCCAAUUCAGUGCACAGAUUGGAGAGGCAAGUGGUGCCACAUUUCUUUUCAGGCAAGUCUGCAGAGCAUACUCCAGAGAAAUAUAUGGAUUGCAGGAACCGUGUUGUUGCCAAGUAUAUGGAGAACCCAGAGAAGAGGCUCAAAAUUAAUGAUUGCCAAGGUCUGGCUCCUGGUAUUGACCUCCAUGAUUUGAAUCGGAUUUUUAGGUUUCUGGAUCAUUGGGGGAUCAUUAAUUAUAGCGUGGCUGCGAUGAAUCGAGAGGCUAGGAUUGGUGGUCCGUUUCUAAGGGAAGAUCUUAACGGGGAGAUUCAAGUGCCUUCAGCUGCUUUGAGGUCCAUUGAUAGUUUGAUUCAGUUUGAUAGGCCCAAGAGCAGGCUCAGACCUGCUGAUGUUUCUUCAUCGUCUUCUGGCCCUGGUGAUGAGGGCGCCGAUUUCGAUAGCAGAAUCAGGGAGCGUUUGGCUGAAAACUACUGCAGUUAUUGUUCUUGUCCUUUGUCCUCUGUGCAAUAUCAGUCGCAGAAGGAGGCUGAUGUUCUACUUUGCUCGGAUUGCUUCCAUGAUGGGAGAUAUGUUACUGGUCACUCUAGUGUUGAUUUUAUAAGGGUGGAUUCCACAAGAGAUUUGUAUGACCUUGAUGGCGACAGUUGGACUGACCAGGAAACGCUGCUUCUGCUGGAAGCACUGGAAAUUUACAAUGACAACUGGAAUGAAAUUGUAGAGCAUGUUGGUACCAAGUCUAAAGCACAGUGCAUCCUCCAUUUCAUUCGUCUCCCCAUGGAGGAUGGCCUACUAGAGAAUAUUGAAAUUCCAAGUAAGUCUAUUUCAAGUAACGUGUCAACCAGAGGUGAUGAUAGAGGACCAUAUUCGAAUUCUAAUGGUGAUUCUGCAGGUGUUGAUUCUGAAAACAGAAUCCCAUUUGAAAAAUCUGCAAACCCUCUCAUGGCCCUGGUUGCCUUUCUGUCCUCUGCAGUGGGGCCGAGAGUUGCUGCCGCCUGUGCUCAUGCAUCAUUAGCGGCAUUGUCCAAGGAAGUGCACCAAUCAGUUGCUUCCAAUAACAUCGUGCAAAUGGAAGGUUCUGUUCAUGGGGAUAGGAUUAGUUCAGACACUGCACAUGGCAGAGAUGGUAGUUCUCAUGGAGGCUUGACAAACUCAAGUCACCACAAAGAGGAAACAAUGGUAGUACAAGGAUUAAAUGGUCAGGAUGAUACAGUUUCUGCCCCGUUGUCCAUUGAAAGUGUGAAAAAUGCUGCACAAUUUGGUCUAGCUGCAGCAGCAACAAAGGCAAAACUGUUUGCAGAACAUGAAGAACGUGAGAUUCAGAGAAUGGCUGCUACAAUUAUAAACCACCAGUUGAAGAGAUUAGAGCUGAAGCUGAAGCAGUUUGCAGAGGUGGAAACCUUGUUGAUGAAAGAAUGCGAACAGGUGGAGAGGACAAGGCAGAGGCUUGUGGCUGAACGGGUUCGAAUUAUCUCAACCCGACUUGGACCUGCUGGAACAUCUAAUACUAUCCUACCAGGUGCUAGUGGUGGUGUUGUGGCAAGUAGUAGUGCUGUUAACAACAGACCACAACUUAUAUCAGCACCACCUGCACAGGCAAACAUCCCAGCAUAUGGGAACAAUCAACCGAGCCAUCCACAUAUGUCCUUCAUGCCACGGCCACAAAUGUUUGCAUAUGGACCUCGAUUACCCCUCUCUGCAAUUCAUCCCUCUUCAUCGGCCCCUUCAAGUAGUGUCAUGUUCACUUCUGCUCCAGGUGCAGCCCCCCCGACCCUUACUCAUCCCAUGUUAAGACCUGUAUCUGGGACUAACACCAACGUAGGUUGACAACUAGAAUGGUUUCAUACAAAGCUGUCAUAUAAUUAUCAUGAGUAUCACAAUAUCUUUUUAUUUCCAUCUAGUCUGAAUCAAAAUAAUCAGGGUCAGUUAUUUAAUAAUUAAUGUGUGUAUCUUCAUC